AUGCCUUACAAUCAUCCUAGGAACAACCCCAGUGCAAUUCCAGAGGUGAUGUGGGAUUCUGGGCUAAAGGAAAUGAAUGAAACCUGGAAAGGAGCGAUUGCUUGCUUUGGGGUAGCGGUCUUCCUUCUGAUGACCAUUGGGAUUAUUUAUUGGCAAGUUGUGGAUCAGCCAAAGACAAACUGGAUCCUGAGAAGUAGUGCCAGUGGUCUGAUCUGGGAUUGAAAAGAUCACAGUCUCAUCCUUCAGACUUUGAAAGAGGAAAGAACAUUGCUAAAGAUUCACAUGGGAAGCUUCCCAGAUGUGGAGAUGCCUUUCAUAAAGAACACAUGUUGGCAGAAUCGGUCUGAAUUCUGUUACACCUGGGAAGGUAUAGUCGAACUGAAGGUCUUCCUGGACUCCAAUCCUUCUCUCAACAGUGAGUGUUACAAUAUCAACUGGACUCCCCUUCACUGCCAGCUGAAAGUAAAGGAUUGCUUUUCCAUGGUAAAUGUCUCCUGGUAUGGAGGAGCCAGUGUCAGUAGUCAGCAUUGGCCUCUGAACAGUGUGAACAUCAAGUCCCAACCGUUUACUAUCAGUAAUCUUAGUAAAAACCCAAAUGCUUAUGGCUCUGUCUUAGAAAGAUAUUUUUUGGGAUCCACCGGAGUAACCGUGAUGAUGGUUUCAGAUACACCAAUCUCUCUCUCAGUGGAGAGAAACAGACAUUUUUGCCUUGAAAAUAUUCCUGGCACAGACAUGGGUCUCCUGCAGUACACUGUGUGCAGGAGUCAAAACAUCACAUCUGCUCAUCAGGAACUGAUGGGGAAUCGACUUCUGAGGCAACAACGAAGGUUGCCAGAUACAGACAUUCUUAGGUUGCCAGUCUGGAGAUAUUAUGGUAUAGCUGAUUCUGUUUCUCAAAUGGAGCAAGGACUGAAGUCUUUCUACAAUAAACUUCAAACACAUAAUCUUGGGGAGGGCAUAAUCACUCUCAGUGAAGAGUUUACAAUGCUACUUCGAAAUAUGGAUCACAUCUAUUUACCUCUGCUAAGAAGAAAAAGACUGCAUGCACUGAGAUUUAUCACGAACAACUUCCAUAUGAAACCACUAAAACUGUCCAUCACUCUGUCCCCUUAUACAAGCAUCAACUCACCAAUUUUCCAAAGGUCCCUGCAAGAAGGGAAAGAAGAAUUUUGGUUGAGCCACCAUUCUGAAUCCAGUGACUAUUCGGUGCCACUCCUCACCAAAUGGAAAGGGCAGUUUUCAGCCUGUCUGAAUGUAACCAGUCAGGCUGCAGUGCUCUGGUACCUGGGCCAGGUGAAGCUCCUAAAGCAGCAACUGGGAGCAAAGUAUGUGGUUUUUGAAGGUGGAACACUUUCGGCUGAAUUUCUCACUGAUGAAGAGCUAUAUAUUAGAUGGCUCCAAAUUGUCACCUUCCUUCCAGUCAUGUCUUUCAGGACGCCACCAUGGGUCUGUGGUGGUGAUUGGGUGUUGAACCUCACCAGGUAUUAUAUUCAGAGACACCAGAAUUUUGUGGUUCCACUCAUUGAGAAAUACAGCAAGGAAUGGCUAUCUAGGGGGCAUCCAAUUUUUCGACCCACCUGGUGGCUCAGCCCCACUGAACCAGCUGCCUUUAUCGUCGAUGACCAGUUUCUCAUAGGCGAGGAGGUUCUUGUUGCUCCAGUAACAGAACAAGGGCAAUUCCAGAGGGACAUUUACCUACCUAGAGAAGGACAGAAAUGGAUGGAUACCAACACUGCCCAGAUGUUUGAUGGGGGAACCUUCCUCAGGAAUUAUUCAGUGCCUCUUGUGGAUGUGGCUGUUUUUAUUAAAAUGUCCUAG